AUGAACGCCGAGGAGCAGUACUACGCUGCCACACAACUCUACAAGGAGUCGUGCGUAUUUCAGAGGUGCCAGGUGCAAGAUUACAGCCCCAGUCCCCCGGCGUGUUUGUACAUGGGACGCCAGCCUCCGCAGCCGACGCAACCCCCUUACCCAGGAACCCUAAGCGCCCUGGAACAGGGCAGCCCUCCGGACAUUUCCCCUUAUGAGGUGCCCCCGAUUACAGAGGAUCCAGGGAUCUCCCACCUCCAUCUGCAUCAUCCCUCUCAACUCCCUCACCCGCACCAGCAAACUGUUCCCUUCGCAGACGGGACUGAGUCCGGGACGCUGGAAGAAUCCAACAGAAUUCAGCUGCCUUUCCCGUGGAUGAAAUCGACCAAGUCUCACGCAUGGAAAGGGCAAUGGACCGGCGGCUCCUACGUGGUGGAGCCGGAGGAGAACAAGCGCACGCGGACAGCCUACACGAGAGCGCAGCUGCUGGAGCUAGAGAAGGAAUUCCUCUUUAACAAGUACAUCUCUCGGCCUCGCCGGGUGGAACUGGCCGUCAUGCUGAACCUGACCGAACGGCACAUUAAGAUCUGGUUCCAGAACCGCCGGAUGAAGUGGAAGAAAGAAGAGGACAAGAAACGAGGUGGGGUGACAGGGGCUGGCGCAGGGGCUGGCGGUAAGGAGCCAGAGCAGGACUGCGUGGUGUCGUCAGGGGAGGGGGCCAAAGAAGACCUGCCACCGCAACCUCCGGGGGUGUCCAUCCCGGCCUCGGCCCCUGCUGCCUCCUCUGCCAGGGAAGGGAGACUGCCUCCCAACCUAAGCAUCUCUCUCCAGCCCCAGUCUCAGUGCCCCAGCGCCCAGGCCGCACGGCCGCAGGAAUCUCGGUGA